UUUCCAAGUAUUUUCAGUUUUACCAUUUUGUACACACGACAUAAAAAUGGCUGACGAGCACCAUAGAAUUUGUAAAACAAACAAAACAGAGAUCGAAAGUAAUGCUUUAAAAUGUACGUCUACCAUACAGGCUUGCGAAAACAGCUCCUUCUCUGUACAAGCACAAAGUAAUAAAGAAUUAGUUGAAUUUUCAAUUGACGAUGUUGUCACUUCUGAAAAGGAGCCACAAGACUUUUCUUCACUACAGCAUACCCUUUACGAAAACUCGAACGAAAUGUUACGUGAAGAAUCUAAUCCAGUGACAGUUGGAUCCAAUCAGAAUUUAGAUGAUGUUGUCAACAUUUUUACUGGCAGCUUCAGUGGACCAGUGACGAUGGCAACAAACACAAUUCCAAAACUAGUUACAAAAAGAAAGAGUUCCAGUCAAACUUCUGAGGUAAUUAAACGAGAAAAAUUUGACGAUAUGGAUUGUUUUCGUACUUAUAUAUCCCAUUUGAUUGAGAAGGGUUUGCUAAAGCCUGGAGGUACAUAUAAACAUAUUUUACCAACACAAAAUGGCGCAUGCAAACCUGAUUUAGAAGAGUUUUUAAUGUUGGAUGUAAUUUUUUGGGACUUAGGCACGGUUUGUUCAAACAAGAACAUACAACUUAAGUUAUCAUGCCCUGAAUGUGAUGCUAAACUUAGUCCAAUACCAUUAGGACCAAAGAAGAGGUUUAUGAUGAGGAAACUGUAUGGUUUACAUGAACCUGUUCUGUUAAUUACAAGCCUAUUUCGUUGCUCAAGUGCACGAAAACAUGACCUGCUUGGUUACGAUCCGCGUUUACUGCGAACUUUACCUCAGCUAGAUAUAAACUUUUUAUUAUUUCAUCGAGCCGGGACAACCAGAGAACUUGUAGAUCAUAUUCUACAAAAUACUACAAUGGGUGUGAAAAUUCAUCAAAUUCAAGAUAGACUAAGUGAAAACUACUUGGUAUCUAUGACAAAGAGAAAAGAAGCAUAUGAGAACUGCUGUAGUGAAUACUUGACCAACAAUGCUCCAAACGAGCCAAACUCCGUACAGGUGUUUCCCUUUUGUAAAUCAAAUUCUCCCAGUGUAUCGUUGGUCACACAAUGUUGUUUGACUGCUUUCAAAGAAAAGGAGGAAUUUUACAGAUUAUCUAUGAGUCAAGUGAAAGCAGAGAAGUUUUUUUACUUCGAUGAUUCGUUCCAAGUUACAUCAAAUUUGCAGGCGCCUAAGAAUUCUACGAAGAAAACUGUCCAAUAUAAACGAGUAAUGUACAUCACCAACGAAAUUGGACAGGUGAUGACUUGGCAGUUGAUAAAAGAUAACACUUACAAAGAAAUCGCAUCCGUCAUGGCGAUGAUAAAGAAACGUCAUCAGAAAUUUGACAUCGCUUUAAGGGGUUGUUUAACUAAUCGGUGUUGUGAGUGGUCAAACGAACUAAAACAAACAUUUGGUGUGGACUUUCUUGUAAAAGGAAAUUUAGGUUUAUUUUUAGAACGUGUGUCGAGAAGCAUGCCGGUUGACUGUGAAGCCCGAUCGGAUUGCUUACGUCAUUUAGAGCUUGUCUUUCGCCAGGACGGCGACGACGAAAUUGAACGGCGACAAAACACGCCGGACGUUAAAACGAUUAAAAAAAAAUUGGAUGAUUUCCUGGCGAAAUGGAAAUACUUGAAAGGUCCUACAGGUACUCAUGUCAUUACUUUCAACGCCAUGGAAGAAAUUCACGCUCUAAGUCAACAUAUUGAAAACGGGUGUUUAAGUGAUGUUCUGGUCCUUCCGUUGAUCAAUUCCGCUGACAAUUUUCUUGAGACCCAUCAAACGUUACAAAAAUGGGUAGCCAACGCAAGAAUUGGGAUACCAUUAGGCAUGGCUUUAUUCUCCAUUGGAUUUCAUGCAUUGAACUAUGAGCGUGGUGUUGUCGGCGUCGUCGAAAGCGCCAACGAUAAUAAACAGACUGAAAGAAGUUCAAAAUCUUCCGAUGUCCCAAAAUUAAACAAGGUAAUCGAAAUUGUCGAGAAAGCGCUCACCAGUAACUUGUUCAGCGCCAAAGAAGAAAAGCUGAAUGCGUUAUCUCAAAUUUUAAUGUAUUUAAAAUGUUAUCAAAGUAUUACACAUUUUGUGCCUGAUGUUUUAAACGUGCCUCGAUUAAUUCCGUAUUUUCUAUCUCCGCUACAUUUGAUUAUAACACCAUGUUUUCAAAAAAAUGACGAGAGUCUGCGCCUCGAUUAUUUAAACGGUGUCGAUGAAUUAAGAAGCUGUUUAAGCAAAGCUGCUUUUCAAGAUAAUCGCGUCGACGACUCGAUUAUCUCUGCCGUUAUUAGUUAUUUGAAGACUUAUUUUGAUCUGCAUGGAGAAUCCACCCCCACGAAGGAUUAUUAUGAUGCGUUACGCCAACAAGGAUUAAACUUUACGGAACAGUAUGAAAGCAUAGUGGACAUCGUUGGCAAAAGAGUUACUUUUAGUUAUGAUGUUGUCUCGUUUUGGGAUGCUUUAAUAGCGCUUGCCAACACCUUUGAAGUAGUAAUUUUUCUAAUUACAAAUUUCCGGCGAUUUCCAGUUUUACCGGUUUAUCCAAAAUUGUGGAACCGUAACGCUCCGAGUGUUUUCCUUCUUUACAGAGAGGACAUUUUUGUUCCGGUGUUGUUAGAUUUAACUUCGGUAAACUCCGCUGUAACGUCUUCGUUAUCAACGCCACAGGAUUCUGCGUCCAAAAAUUUCCGUUGUCGUUGUGGACGCGGUAAAGCAGAAGGAUCACAGCUAGCUAAGUGUGUCACAAACGAAGGACAACGUUAUCCAAGCAGAUGUUUAUGUUUCCGAGCAGGCGAAGCGUGUAGUUCAAUAUGUGAUUGUCGCACUUGUGGCAAUCCACACGGUAGCCGAAUGACCAAAACACAGUUUAUUGACCCUAUUACGGGUAAAAGAACAAGAAAACGUCACGCGCAUGAUGGGCAGAAUUUAUUUCGAGAAAUUUUGUCCCGUGUACCUUCUCGAUUUACUUCGAACAAUAACUCAUGGAAUUCUAUUGAAUGCUUAUUGUUCGAGUUGUCGCUGAGUGUUUUCGUGCUGGAUUCGAAUGUUGACAUCAAUGGUGUGGCUUCGAAGCUAAUUCACGAGAAAUAUUGCGGUCUUGUGAAAACACUCUUGGAGAUUUGUGAUCUCGUAAAAAUGUUGACUUUGAAGAGUAUUAAUGACAUUGAACAGAAACUUAGCGAAAGAGAAGAAGAUAUUUUGGGAUGUUUGGAAAUUUUUGAGAAUAACACGAUUUAAAAUACC